AUGGCAUCAAGCGGAUCAUAUCGAACAACAGAAGAGCCGCAAAAAGUUGACAGCGCCCGAGCCGAUGCUGAGUGGAAAGCAAAUCCCGGGCUGAAAGAUCUAGUCCACGGUGCAGAUGGAGGUGAUUCCAAAGUAGAUCGUUCAGCGAAAGCAGCUCCAUUUCCAAAAGAUGGUGAUUUCGAAGAUCAUACAGCGAGUGGUGAUGGGAGUCGGGGAAUCAAAGGAUGGACUGGAGAUGGCAAAGGACCUUUGAAUCCAGACGAGGACAUGCCUAAAAAUAAGCGGAAUUUGUAA